AUGGCGGAUGCCGACGAGGCCUCGGCAUACUUCACGCCGCGAGGCUUAGAUUCUCGCCCAACGGGAGCGAUCUGCAGGCCCGUCUGGGCUGCAAAGCAGCUCGGCUACGACGUGCGCAACACGUCGGGCCCCAUCCUGCAAAGCAGCAGCUCAAACACGGCGGCAGACACCUGGACCACAGCCGCGCUCGCCGCGGCCGAGGGCGCCGACUGCAUCCUCUACUUUGGCGGCCAGGACACGUCAGUCGCCGCCGAGGGGCUAGACCGCGUGUCGCUCGACUGGCCGACGGCGCAGCCAACAUUGCUCGCCAAGCUAGCUGCACACGACAAGCCACUCAUCGUCGUGCAAAUGGGCGACCAGCUCGACAACACGCCGCUCCUCAACAGCAACAACACGGGCAUCAACGCCAUCCUCUGGGCCAGCUGGCCGGGACAGGAGGGCGGGCCAGCCAUCAUGGACCUGAUCCGCGGAGCCGCGGCGCCGGCCGGCCGCCUGCCCGUGGCGCAGUACCCAUCAGCCUACACGCAGCUGGCCAUGACCGACAUGCACCUGCGUCCCGACGCCGGUGCGAGCCGCCCCGGGCGCACGUACCGCUCGUUCGCGGGCGCGGUGCAGCCGUUCGGCUUCGGGCCGCACUACACGACGUGGGAUAUCACCGCGCUGGCCAACUGCAGCGCGCCGCACGCGGACCUGUGUCCGCUCCCACCGCUGCGAAUCCGCGUGCACAACACGGGCGCCCGCACCAGCGACUACGUGGCGCUGGCCUUCACGCAGUCCGCCGCCGGGCCGGCGCCGCACCCCCUCAAGACGCUCGCGGCGUACGGGCGGGCGCGGGCGGUCGGGGCGGGCGCGACGGUGGUGCUAGAUUUCGGGUGGACGCUGGCCAGCCUCGCGCGUCACGAUACGGAUGGGAAUACCGUGCUGUAUCCUGGCACGUACACGGUUGUGCUUGAUGUCGCGCCCCAGCAGGCGCAUGUUUUUACCGUGACCCUGACGGGCGAGAUGGCGGUGCUGGAUUGGUGGCCUGCGCCGCCUACUACUGGUACUAAUAACAAGGGUCUGGCUCUCUUCCAAAUUGUCCACAAGAACCACCUGGGUAAAUCAGUCAGUUGUGCGUUCGGCCUAAUUGACAACGAACGUGAGGAAGGCUUCAACUGGCUCAUGGACACGGUCAACGAGCAUCGCGAAGAAAUCGGCGCACAACGUCCUGCGGUUACAAUUACCGACUUUGAGAAGGCUAUGAGGCUCAAGCUCGAGACCCAGGAGCGCAACAACAAGAGGAAGACAAGGAAGAAGAAGAAGAUAACGAAGAAGAAGAUAACGAAGAAGAAGAUAACGAAGAAGAAGAUAACGAGGAAGAAGACUUCGUGA